GGCGCGCUCCCCUGAGUGCUCCGUAGAUCUGUCACUUACAGGAUACUACUCAGAUAGCGGGUCAUUGACUGCACCCGGACUCCGUCGAACAACAACCGGACUCGCUCGUGUUUGUCCGUUAUCGUCUUACCGUUGUAAAUAAUACUAACCGCCGUUGUAACGGGGUUCCCUAUGCCAUGAUGCACGGGUUAGCCAGCUAACGUUAGCCGUGGAGCUAACGUCCAUCGUCUACUGUGAACCAGGAGUAGCGGAGUCUAGUGUGUCGUCUUUCAGCCGUGAGUGGGGGGGGGGGGGAGUAACCCGGAGUAAACAUGGAGAAAAGUAACCGGUUUGUAGAACUGUAUCACUAUCUCCAAGACCCGCACCUUGUAGCUCGCUUUCAGCACUUUUGUGGAGUAAGCGGAACGUUUUCGAGAACCGGUGGUACCACCACCACUAAGACCGGCAGCAGCAAGGAAGCAGACCGGACUCACUCGCACUACAACGGGGCUUGUCAUCAUGGCAUCACCGGGGGAAAUGAGAGUGAAAACAUGGCCGUUAUCGGAUCUGGUGAAGGGGAGAAUAUACAAACGGCAGUGGGUGUUCGGAAGAGGGUUGUUAAUUCAAAAGUUGUGACAAAAAGAGGGGAGGAAAGUGAAAACACGCCCCAGAACGGAGUGCUUGUUUCCGCGGAGACCGCCGCAGGAGAAGCGUUUGGUGGUGUGGGAAGUAACGGUCGUAGCCUCGUGGGUCAGGCGGAUGACUUCAAAGGGGGCACCGAGUCAGAAGAGAGGGGCCACGAAGAAGCUCCGGGGAGCAGCACAGUGAAACCCCGCCGCAAAAACUCUCUAACGGGCGAUGUUGGGCAGGAGUUCCUCAUCCAGAACCGGUUCCUGUACUACAUGUUCACCUUCGGAACCGAGCUGGGCAACGAGCUGUUCUACAUCACCUUCUUCCCGUUCGUCACGUGGAACGUGGACGCCUUCGUGGGCAGGAGGCUGAUCAUGGUCUGGGUCUGGGUCAUGUACCUGGGCCAGUGCACCAAGGAUAUCAUCGGGUGGUCCCGGCCCGCCUCGCCGCCGGUGGUCAAAGUGGAGAUGUUCUACAACUCCGAGUACAGCAUGCCGUCCACACACGCCAUGUCCGGCACGGCCAUCCCCUUCACCCUGUUCUUCAUGACCUAUGGCCGCUGGGAGUACCCGUUCUCACUGGGCCUCAGCUUGGCUCUCUGCUGGUGUCUGCUGGUCUGUGUCAGCCGGAUCUACAUGGGGAUGCACUCAGUCCUGGACGUCAUAGUUGGCGUCCUCUACAGCGUCCUCUUCCUGGUCCUCUUCCUGCCGGCGUUGGACCUGAUCGACGGCUUCAACCUGACGUGCCGCUUCGCCCCGCUCAUCAUCGUGUCCCUCCACCUUGGCCUGGGCCUCUUCUCCUUCACCUUGGACACCUGGAGCACCUCGCGGGGCGACACCGCCCAGAUCCUCGGCACGGGCGCCGGCGUGGCCUUGGCCUCCCACGUCAACUGCCGCCUGGGCCUGAUACCCGACCCGACGCCGGACCAGCUGCCCUUCGCCACGCCCGCAUUUGGCGCCGGCCUGGUGGGCGCGGCCCUGCUGCGGCUGGUCCUGGGCGUGCUGGUGCUGAUGGCCACGCGGGCGCUGAUGAAGGCCGUCACCAUGCCGCUGGUGUGCCGGGUGUUCGGCGUACCCAGCGGCGACGUGAGGAAGGCCCGGCAGCACAUGGAGGUGGAGCUGCCCUACCGAUACAUCGUCUACGGGGUGGUGGGCUUCAACGUGCUCUUUCUGGUCCCACUGCUCUUAAGCUACACUUAGCUCUCCUGAUUGGUUGUUCGGUCAGUGCACCUAUAGUGCUGUUUUCAGAUCAGGUUUCACAUCCAGAACCUGGGUUGGGACCCGAGGUGAAUUAGAGCCUCAAAGCUGAUCUGGAUGCUGACAUGUUGUCGGUGUUUUUAGUUGAACCAGGAGCAGCCGGGGAAUCCGGUGACUUAUAGGUUUUUACCUGUAGUGAAUAUCUCUUUGAUCUUUUGAUUUAUUUCAAAUCAGACGGCUCCUGAACCCAGGACACGCUGGAUCAGAGCCAAACAUCCACUCCUCAUCCUCCAUCUCCUCCUCCUCCUCCUCCUCCUCCUCCAGCUUCAUUCAGAUCAAACACUGGCCUCUGAGAGACUAUAAAACAACACCACUGAUCGCUACAGAUCAAUAACCUUAAUAUUUACAUUUCUAUGAGUGCUUUCAAAGAACAAAGAACCACACAAAGUUUUUAGAUGUCUGAAAAUGUUUAGUAACUCAAUUAAAAGUAUUAGGGCUGCAACUAACGGUGAUUGUCAUCAUUAAUUAAUCUAUGAAAUGUCAGAAAAUUAUUUAAAAAAAUGUCCAAAGACAUACAGAUAUGAAACAUUUUGAGAGUUUUUCUGAGUGAAAAAUGAUGAUUACUUGAUCAAAAAUAGUUGCAGAUACAUUUUUGAAAUUCCGUGUUUGAACUCUGUGUGAUUCUGUGUCAGGAAGCUUCUUAAUAAUUCUUAUUUAAUCUUCCUCUCGUCUGCAAUAUGAUUUUAUACUUCCUCAUUCCAGUGUCAGAGCUUUUCCUGAUGGUCACCUGGACACACUUGUGGUUAAAAAGGUUUUUGGACUGAAUCCGAUGACUUUUGGAGGUGUUUGAACUCUUGUGUAUUUUCUCCUGAAGGGCUCUCCCCACUUUGUGUCCUGUUGUUUCCGUCUGUAUUCAGACGAAUGGUCUGAUUGAUUGUUUUUCCUGAGACUGAAGCGAUGACCGGGCACAUACUGUAUGAUCCACAAUUAAAGGAAGACGUACACAGACUUUUUUAGAAGUUUUUUUAAAUGGGAUGACAGGAAUCUAUCCACUAGGCUCAGCUUUUGUCUCUUUUUAUAACUCUGUAAACUGACUUCCUGUUCGAGAUGCUCUUUGUGGCAUCCACUUCCUGUUAGAGAUGCUCUUCAUAGCAUCCACUUCCUGUUUGAGAUGCUCUUUGUGGCAUCCACUUCAUAACAGCUCAGGCAGAUAAAAUAUAAUAUUUCACACAAUAUAGUUUUGUAGCUUCCUCAUCGGAGAGAGAACCAGACGGAGAAGCAGAACCUGAAUGAAGUGGAAAUAUUUAGAAAAAAAGUUUGUAAUGUUUUGAGGAAAAGGUCAUUAAUUUGAGAAUAAACAUCAAGUUAAAGAAUUAAAACAACGUAAUAUGGUGUGUUUUUAUGUGUCAUGUCUUGACUUGCUUAGUCGUAAUACUUUUUUCUCAAAAUAAUGACAUACAAUCUUUUUUCUCAUAUAUUUAUCAUUUUAUUCUGGAAAUAUUACAACUUUAUUCUUCACAUUGCGUUAACAUUAUAAUAUAAUAUAUUAUAACAUAUGUGGGCGUUCCUGUUCUAGAGCUGAUGUUUCCUUCGUUCCUCCUCGUGUUUCUCACCUGCAGCAGCUGUGUCUGAAGUGCCUUGCUCAAGGGCUGCUUUGUUUUUUUUUAGAGAUCAGCUGUUCUCUGCUGGUGACCUUUCACCUCUGAACAGAGAAAACGAGCUCCUCUUGAGUCUUAAUUUAGCAGUAUGUUGACUUGUAUGUUGUUGUUGUUGUUUGUACGGUACUGUCCUAAGAUAAAUGCACUGCUCCCAGAAUGCACUGUGUUCCCCCAGAGGGUGAAGUUGGUCCUAAACACUGAUCUGAGGUCAGAGGUCGUUAACUUCCUGAAGAACCGUUAAAGAUCGUGAGGAACCGAUUCGAAAGUUAAAGCAGCGAUCAGGAGACAAGAUAAAUGUUUGUUUAUAUUUGGUUCAUUCUGUUUAAUUUGUCAAAUAUUAUUAUGUCGGUAAAGUCUGGUUAUUUAGUUUGUAAAAUACUAAAGUAUUCCAGUAGCUUUUGGUAAAAAGAGGAAGCUGUUCAAGGCACACAUUUUGUUUUUCAUAUUUAAAUUACUAUUAUUUUUGGUUAAUCUGUUGAUUAUUUAAACUAUAAAAUUGAUUCGAGUUAUUUUCUGCUUGAUCGGCCGAUGACUCAUCAGCAGAACUUCAUUCAUUGUUCGUAGAACUGAAGGUCACGUUAGCUUGUUUUUGUCCGACAUUUCAAAACCUCAAAAUAUUUCAUGUACAAUGAUAGAAAAGAGAAAAGCAGGAAACCCUCACAUUUCAGACGCUUGAACCAGUAAAUAUUUUAUAAUUUUUCCUUCAUAAAUAAUCAAUAUCACAAUAUUCUUUGGUGGAAAGUAACUAAGUAUUUAUGUGACGGUUGUUUUUACUGUAUUUAAGUAAAAAUGUAUUAUUUUUUAAAUUGGAUCUAAUGAAAUUAUUUCCUGAACUCAUAUUUAGCGAUGGACCAGCUUCACCUGAGCGUUUGUUGAGCUGUGAUUGGUCGGUUUGAAGGAGGCGUGUCUUCGCUACCCGUCUCAUUUCACUUCCUGUUGCCUCUUCCUCGUGGUUUCCUCUCUGAACAAAGUGAAACAGGAAGUUUGUUUUUGUUUUUGAUUCAUCAACAAACACACAAACUGAUUCCUGUGUCGGAGUUCCGUCACAUCCGUUUGUUAUUUCUUUAUUUGACGUUUGUUUCAUCGAGUCAAAGCUGCUUCAGAGAGCGAAGAUCGGAGUAACAAUUAAUCUUAUUAUAAUAAUCCAAAUUAACCAAAUCUGACACAUAAACAGAAAACUUAAAAGGCAACAAUGUGAUGAUAAUAAUAAUAAUUUACCAAAAUUACAUCCAGAGGUUUUGUUUUGCAAACUCUGAAACGUGUUUCGCUGGAAUACCACAUUCUUUUUACAUUGUUUUUGUAGAAUCCCAGAAUAUUUGAUAAUUCCGAAAAUUUGUUAUUUACCAAAUUUGGUAAAAUCCGCUUUUUAUUGUGUGUGAUUUGGCUUGAUCUUGAAUUUUAUUUGUUGAAGUAACAAAUUUAUUUAUUUGCUAUAAUGCCGAAAAUGAUUGCAAACCAAGGAGUAAAAUUAUUUUAUUUUAAUUAUUAUUUGGUAUAAUCACAAAAGCACCUUGAAACUUUGUUAUAUAUUGUUUCCCAUUUUUUUGGUUACACCCGGACGUCUUCUCUACCCACGAACAAAACCAGGAAGUUUAUUAGUAAAUACAUAAAUUAUUAUUAUUAUUUAAAAAAACUCCAAAAAACAUAAACAUGUUUGUUUCUUCAUUUCUUUAAAACGUGGAUCUCAGAGACCAAAUAUAAAAAGUGGUUGAACUGUAGCUGCUCCUCUCUCCCCUUUAGUGCCUUUAUUAUUAUUAUUAUUAUUGUUAUUGUUAUUGUUAUUAUUG